AUGAGUACUAUAUAUGAAAAUGGAUCCAAUGCGUUCGCUCAUGUUUCAUUGAGAGAUCCGGAACUUGACUCUAAAGCAGCAACUUUCACCACUACUAUCAAGGAUUAUUAUAAUAACAAAGGUUCUCUAAACGAAAAAGAACUGUUAUCAGAAUUAAUUGACUUUUUACUAAAGCUUCCCGAUGAUAUACACUUGUUUUGUAAUGAAAAAAUUUACACAGUGUCGGUCUUUACCCUAACUUUAUUUUCCUUCAAUAUAGAGGCAAAAGGUUUCCAAUUUAAAGAAAAAAUUAACUCCCAUUUAAGCAGAUGUCCAUAUUGCAUAGAAUCUUUUUCUCGUGGAAAAGCUGAAUUACUUGAUUUUUUUGGUGUGGUAAAAGAUGUGGCAGAUCAAUACGUUACAAGGUUCAAUGAUAUAAUAUCUAGAUGGAGAAGUGAAAUUUUGUUAAUGACAUUGAAACCAAUGAUGAACCAAAAUUUAACUUUUACUAUAUCGGAUUCCAUUUUGAACGGAAUUUUCGAAUGUUUAACGAUUCCUCAAUAUCUACGAAACAACCAAGAGUUGAGAAAAGUUUUCGACCCUAUGUUUGAAGAACUUGUUAAGAUCAGGCAUCCUUUAUUGGCUUAUUACUUCAGUCUAAAGAGGCAGAAAUCUAUUGUCCCAGGUGUUUUAUUUUGUUGGAUUGAGGGAAACGAAUGUCAAAUUAACUGGGCACAAGAGAUAUUAAAGGAAUAUUAUAUGGUAAAAUAUAUAAUUAACAAAGAAAAUUUUACACCACAACUAUUAGAUGAGUUAAGUUUGCAUUACACUUAUGUUCAAAACCCUAAUAAUUUUAAUAGAGUUGUUGUUAGGCAUUAUUGGAUGAAAAUAGUACCGAUCCUACAAAUGCUUGAUGUUGAUAUCAUUGAAACAUAUUUUGUUAUUCCCAAAAAUAUAUCUUCUCUCAAGCAGAGUCUAUCUUAUAACCUUACAUCUAUUUACAAACUAUUAUUAGUACAUACUACGUCACAGUAUCUCGAUAAACCGAUAGACAUUAUUUUGAGGGCAUUUAAUGUAUUUCUAGAUAAGUUAGGAUCAGAAUAUUGGAAUAAAAUAGAGCCCUUUACGUUCCAUAACAUUUUGGAUGUUGCAUUGGAUAGAAAUUCUUUCAUACACACCUUAUUAAAAUGUCAAACUGUUGAUGUUGCUAGAAAGGGACUAGACACUUCUUUUAGUAGUGUCCCCACAUUGACUGAUAUCAUCGCAUGGACCGUUCCAUUAUAUAAUUCAUUAACCGACGCUAAAAAGAUACAAAUGGUUAGAAAAGUUGCAACCAUCUUUUUACGAACAAUUACUGAAGUUCCACAAUUAACGUCCAUUACAAAAGCAUUUUUAUUAAAUGGAUCCACGCCUUUAUUAGAUAGAAUCAUAACCAUUUCCGAGGAAGAUAGAAAGCAGCUGUAUAAUAAUCCAACUUUUGAAACUAUUCUAUAUACAAAGGCUGAUUGCAGAGAACUCUUAAAUCUUGAUUCGAUACAAAAAACUGUUAUAUUAUCUGCUAUUUCUCCCGAAAAAUUAUAUUCCGAAUUGUCAAGUCAGGCGCAUUCUUCCAUAUCUGAACCAUCUUUAAAAGUUAUCUUUAAGUGUAUCGAAUAUGAUAUCUUACUAUUGUCACAAGCUAUAUUUAAACUAUACAGAAAUAAGGAAACCAUUAAUGAAGUCAAAGUUUCUACAAAAUUAAUUUCGACAUUUACAUCUGCAAUCAACUUUAGUAAUUUUUCAACUCAGUGGAAUAUUAGCUUUUGUUCUCAAUUUUUAAACUCACUAAGGAAUGUUAACGGCUUGUUAACAAUUGAUGAAAAUAUUAGAGCCAAAUUUUGUAAAGAUCAGAACAAAGUUAAAAGUUUGAACAGGUCAAUAGGGGAGUAUGUGAGAAACAUUACUACUGGAAUCAAAAAGCUUACCAUGAUUUCACCAACUCAAUUUAAAAUGGUUUUACAAGAUGCAGGCGCAGUGGAAGGCUAUUGGUCUUGUGUAUUUGCUUCUGAUGUCGAGUUAUAUCAAAGUGCUAUCGACUUAUUGUAUGAAACGUUUGAUGUUGAUGGAAGAUUGGAGGGUUUGCAUGAGUUGUUAAGUCAUAAUAUAUCGAUUCACCUAGAUUCUGUAAAUUUGGUAUUGGAGCAAUUAACUACUUGCAAAUUUUUUGAGCCUUGUCCCAGAGCGGUGAGAGUCUUGAUGGACAUCAUGGUCAUUUUUGGAGACCCUUUAAACGGCAUUUUAUCAGAUCUGACACUAAAAACAAACACAGAACUAUGUAAGGAAAUUAGAAAAUUCUGGGCCGAUAUUUGGUCUUUUUUGGACUUUAUAUACAAAGAGACUUUGAAUUGGGCAAGCAUAUACCCAAUGGAUCAGCUAGCUGAUUUUACCAAAGACACCCUAGAUUUGAGUAAUAUGGUAAUAGACUCUUAUAGAAUGGUAUUUGCUUUAAUUGGUGAUCGCUAUGACCAUUUUAUCAAAGGCAGCCCGACUGUGUUUCAAAAUACUAUUUCCACUUUUGAAAGCAUGCUAUUUUGGUUAAGAUUAAAUGAUGAAUAUUUAUUAUCGUCCUGCGUGAAACUAAUUACCAGUGCAGUUGACAUUGCCCAAGGGGAGGGGCUAACAAUCAAUGACUCUCUUGUUGAAAAAAUGGCUAGAUAUGCUGUUAAAGCUAAAAAAUUUAGUAAUAAGUUAUCUGAAACUCAAGCAACAGAUAUUCUAUCAAGAGCAAAGCAAUUUAAUACGCUAUUAGUUGAAUCUGUUAUAAAUGAAGUUGAAACCCAAAAGAGAGAGAAAAUGAAAUCCAUCCAUAAUGCCGCCUCUCCAACACUACCGUUAUCAGGAGACGAUAGAGUAAAUGCUUUACUGAAGAAGACAGCGUCAUUUACUUCUUCUUUAGCUUCUCGACCCAAAUCACGCCAACCACAAAUUACACAGUUUGGUAGUCUAGUUAAAUCAUUGCCGAAAAAGCAAGUUACUCAUCAACCUCUAUCAAAGAUGGAACUAGUAAGGAGAGAGUUACUGAUGAAGAGGCAGGUUCAUCCAGCGGGGAAUUCUGUUUUUAAUCCGCGCUCCAAAAAGGGAACCACUGCAAUUAAUAGCAGUAAUGCAGACAGUGACAGCAGUAAUUCAGAUGGUGAUUCGGAUGAUGAGAACGCUUUACAAUUGUUUAAGACUGCAAAAAGUAAAUCUGAUAAUGAUAGAGGCCCGAUACUGUUAGAUAUUAACGGGAAAUCGAUAAAACAAGUUAAAUAUACCAAAAGAAUAGAUCAAGCAAAAUUAGAUGAAGAAAAUAUGAGAAAAAGAUUAAAUGUAGAUUUGAAUCCAUUCUAUUCGCAGGUAUUAACGUGGGAUUAUACAAGGGUGAGUGAAUAUCCCUCGGACGACUUGAGUAGCAAAAAUUAUAGUAGCAUUAAAGACCAAUUUUCAAAUGUUGUUCAAUACCAGUCAAUAUUGCAGCCGUUAUUGUUAUUAGAGUGUUGGCAAGGCUUAUGUGCAUCACGUGACAGGGAAGAUUUCAAGCCAUUCAAAUUGAUUGUGGGUAAUAAAGCUGUUGUUUCCGACUUUUAUGAGGUUUAUGCGUCUGUUAGUAAAAAAACAAUUGCAGAGUGUGGCAUCUCUGAUAACGACUUGAUAGUGUUGGCACAUUUUGACCAGGUAAAUGACGCACUCUCCUUAAGAAAUGAAGAUUUUAAAAAAGCGUCCAUUUCAUGUUUGGCCAAGGUACGCAAUAUUAAGCAUACUAGAGGUGAGAAUGUUGAUUUUACUUUUAGGGUUGAUCGUGGUACUUCAUUUAACAAAUUUUUGACCUCGAGGAAUGAGGUUUUCGCUUGCAAAGUGAUGCAAAUGACCACCGUAGAAAGAGAAUAUAGUACUCUAUUUGGCUUACCAUUCUACGAUUUAGUGUAUCCCAUUUUGAAGGCAACACCUAGCAUGGAAUACAAUUUUGAUGAAAAUGAAAUUUCCAAAGUUAAAGAAAACUAUAAGUUGAAUUACUCGCAGGCCCAGGCAAUUGUAGGUUCUGUGCACAGUGAGGGGUUUUCCUUGGUGCAAGGCCCGCCCGGUACUGGUAAAACCAAAACAAUUUUAGGUAUAGUGGGUUAUUUCUUGAUUAUAGCUAACAAGGUUCCAUCCAAUACUAUUGUGCAGCCAUCUGAUGGUGUAGUAAAGGGGAAGAAGAAAGUUUUAAUUUGUGCUCCUAGUAACGCGGCAGUUGAUGAGUUAGUUAUACGUUUAAGACAAGGCGUUUUUAAUGAAAGAGGUGAGUUAACUACUCACAAUUUGGUUCGUGUGGGUAGAUCAGAUGCAGUAAACACACAAGUUAAAGAUUUAACGUUAGAAGAGCUGGUUGACAAAGCUAUUUCGAUUAAAACUUAUGAUUUACAAAAUGAUACCGAAUUGAAGAAUUCAUUGCAAAGUACCAUAAACGAGCGUAAAAAAUUGAGAGAAAAAUUAGACGAAUCAAGUAAGGAAGCCGAUUAUGAUCAAGAAGAAGUAGUUAAGUGUCAACUGCAAAUUAGAGAAUUAAGUAAAAAAAUCAACGAAUUGGGUAAAAAGAAAGAUGAAAUAAGGGAGAGAAACUCGAUUAAUUUUAGAAAUAAAGAAUUGGAGAAACGGAGGGCCCAAGCUCGUAUUUUGAGCGAUGCUGAAAUUAUUUGUUCCACUUUGUCUGGUUCAGCACAUGAAGUUUUGUCUCGUAUGGGCGUAAGUUUUGAUACAGUCAUUAUUGAUGAAGCCUGUCAGUGUACUGAAUUAUCAAGUAUAAUUCCCUUAAGAUACGGUGCCAAGAGAUGUAUAAUGGUUGGUGAUCCAAAUCAAUUACCACCGACGGUUUUGUCUGGUGCUGCUAGUAGUUUUAAAUAUAAUCAAUCUUUAUUUGUUAGAAUGGAAAAACAUUCAAAACCUUAUCUAUUAGACGUUCAAUAUCGUAUGAAUCCAUUAAUUAGUAGAUUCCCAUCAUCUGAAUUUUACAAUGGUGAGUUAAAAGAUGGCCCUAAUUUAGAUGUGAUAACCAAAAGGGAGUGGCAUAGAUAUGAGCCUUUUACUCCGUAUAAAUUUUUUGAUAUAAUUGAUGGGUAUGAAAAAAGAAAUGCCAAGACAAUGUCUUUUGUGAAUCCUGAAGAAAUUAAGGUUGCGUUAGAGCUUGUUGGCACCUUGUUUUCUAAGCUACCCAGAUACGAUUUCAAGGGGAAAAUAGGUAUUAUUUCGCCUUAUCGAGAACAAAUGUUUCAAUUGAAAAGAUCAUUUAUUAAUGAAUUUGGAAGACAAAUUUUGAACGAGGUUGACUUUAACACUAUUGAUGGGUUUCAAGGUCAAGAGAAGGAAGUCAUCAUUAUUUCAUGUGUUCGUGCUGAUGACAAUAGCAAUGCAGGUGUUGGUUUUUUGAAAGAUUUCAGACGUAUGAAUGUGGCAUUGACGAGAGCGAAAUGCAGUAUGUGGAUUUUAGGGCAUCAUAAAUCGUUAGUGAAGAAUAGGUUAUGGCGUGAUUUAAUAAUGGAUGCUAAGGAAAGGUCUUGCUUGGAUGUUGCAUUCCAAGGAUUUUUGAAUACAAACAAUAAAGCUAAUCAAAAGAGGUUAGAAUACCAUAGGAAUGUUCAUAGGAAAGAUAUUGUACAGGAGCAGCCACCAAUUGCCCAUUCUGAAGAUGGCAAAGUUAAGGAAACUGAAGACGACUAUGAUCCAUUAAAACUGAUAACUUCACAAUACACUGGUUUGAACGUUAACUCGCCUAAAGCUAUUAAUAAUGCUAAUAAGAAUAAGAGAUGUGCACCUGUAAAUAAUUAUGACAAAAGUGGUGCUUUAGUGCCCGUGGAUGAACCAAUGGCUAAAAAGAGUAAAAUUGUGAAAAAAGUAGUACGUUUGGGAACCAAAAAAAAAUCUUCAAUUUUUAACAGAACAGAGGGAGAAAAAAGCAGUAAUAAUGGUAUAAACAAGAAGGAUACUAAUGUUACUAAGGACGCUGGUAUUAGUAACGACAAUGCUAACACUGUCGAUUUGAGUGCCAAGGGGGGGAAUAAUAAGGAUAAUUCCACUAACAAGUUGGUAAAUAAGAAUGGUUCAUUGGUUAUAACAACUAACACUGAUGGCAAAUCAAAAAUUAAAUUAAAAUCAAUAAUGGUACAUAAAAACGCCAAUUCUAACAAAGAUAAAAGAAUUAGAUUUUCCGAUACUAAAAUUGAUAUUAAAAAAGAAUUGGAAAAAACAGCAAUAGAUAAAAGAAAGAAACCAAUGCAUAAGGAGGACAUUUAUAUAGCAUACAUGAAAAAGGGUAAGCCUGGACAUAGAGGUAAGGGGAAGGAUAAUAACAAGGAAGAAAAAGAGAAUAGCAGCGUCAAUAUUACGGACGAUAGCAAUACGCUUACUGAAAAUAAUGAAGAGGAUGGGUAUGAUCCAAGUGCUGCCCCCAUUGCUAUAAAAUCUGAGACAAGUGUUAAUGACGUAAAAACAAAUACGAACAGUGCAACUAUCUUAGAUCCAAAAAUAACAGCAGCGGUUAAAAUUAAGAAUAGUUGUUCAAAUACCCCAGCAAGUGCUGAAAUACAAAAGAAAAAUCAUUCAUAUGAAGAUGCUUUGAAUGGUAAAGUAUUAACAAAGUCAUCGAAUGGAGCAAAUCUUUUCAUACCAAAAAAAAAGAACAAUUUGUUAUUGAAAAAAAAAAAAAAAGAAAAAAAAAGUGAUGGCAUGACAAAGAAAUAG